AAAAAAUUCUGAAGACCAGACGGAAUAAAACAACACACACAUACGAACCUGCUGCAGACAGAAAACUGGAGAUACAAGUAGAAGACAUGACACAGCCAAGGGAACGCAUGAGGAAGCACAAAUUCACAGAUGCAGAGUUGGACGUCUUAAUCGAAGAAGUGACCCAAAGGGAAGACGUGCUGUUCGGCUUGCAGGGAAACCGCCUGACAACGCGGGAGAAGUACAAGAUCUGGUUCGACAUUACAGAGAGGGUGUGCGCCACUUCGGGCAUUCAGCGCUCAAUAAACGAGGUCAAAAGGCGCUGGCAGGACCUGAAACGUCGAACCAAAGCCAAGGUUAUAGAGGCACGACGUCACAUGCCUCGAAACAGUCCUUCUUCCUCCCUUUACCUGACCUCCAUGGAGCAGAGAGUGUACGACUCCUUGAAUAUCCACACUGUUGUCAAAGAUGAGGAGCAGGACUCAACACUGAGCAGCCUUCCCGAAGACUCUUUCCUUGUCACGGUCAUGGAUACAGCAUCACGAGAAAAUUGCCAACAGCCUGCUGAUCUCCAACAAGUCACAACAAAGGCUCAUCACCGUGAGGAAUCUUCUGCCACUCCUGUAGUCCAGAUACAGCACACCUACACAGAACCUACUCCCAUACCCUUUUCAAACAGCGACAUCAACAUUGUUAACCAGGUGCGCAGCAGAUAUGCAUUUCGCAGCAAAGUGGAGGCUAUAGCAAGCGAGGGCUCUCCCACCAGGGAGACAGCGCAGGGCUCCUAUCCUGCACUGAGGGGGCAUUUGAAAGCCUGGAGUGGGACGAGCUGUAACAAGACUGUGCCACUGGGGUCCUUCGAGCAGCAGCUCCUGAGGGCUCACCGGGAGCACACCGCCGCUCUCAAGGACGGCUUCCGCACCCUCACCAGGCAGAACAGACUGAUCUACAGGGAGAUGUGCGAAACCAACAAGAACAUCGCCCGCAUUGCCUCCUGCCUCGCGGAAAAGAACGAGAGCGUGUCGGACCUGGCCGAGGAGCUCGUGGGCAUCCAUCACAAGAUCACAGAGAGCAUCGACGCCACCAACUGUCUCCAGGACAGGGUGAUCGACCUGCUGGCAUCCCAGCAGGAGCGCUCCGUCUUCGUGGUGCCCAGUGCUGUGAAGGCCCCUGUGCCCACUUCCUCCAUUGCGGAGCAGGAGAACACUGCACGCAAAGCAGACAAAAAAGACUAAGAGGCACUUUUGUGAAGCAAAUUACACAGAUGGCGUGUUAAGUGUUGUAACUUUACAUGGAAAAUGAAACCGCAGAAUGAUUUAUUUUUUUAAAGCAUUGCCUGCUUCAUAGUGUUUUCAGUGAUGUAUUUCACCACUUUAGGAUGCAUUUGCCAUCUUAAGUGGGCUUUACAGUACCUGCACCAUUAAUACUGUACAUACAUUUCUUUCAUUUGUAACUGACUUUUUAGUUUAGAAAUGUGAUUGCCAUUUCAACUGUCAGGCACAUGUUAGGUUGCUGGUGUUAUUCAUGCUAAUGCAUCAUGGGUGAAAAUGCAAGGUAUUACUCGGCAGGAGUGUAAAUACAAACCUUCAUAUGUAAAAGGAAUCGAAGCUUAAA